AUGAAUAUCAUAUUCAAUUUCAUAUAUGUUUUAUUUGUAUCCAUUAAUUGUGAUGAUAUAAGGAGAAUAUUACCCUUUCCAAGAUUGAGAGAACAAAUUGAAGAAGUGUCCAUACCUACUACGUCAUCUGAAAAUCCUGAUUCAAAUUUGGUUUCAUUUCUCGUUCAAAAUGUUAAAGAAAUAUUCGGGGCUGCUGAUGAACCCACCGUUUUAGUUGACCAGGAAAUUGAUGCAACAACAACAGAAUUUGAAGUUGUAGAAACAGAAUCUGUACAUAGAGAAAAAAUUUUGAAUAAGAUAAAUAUGUGUCAUAAAAAUAUCUCAGGAGUAAUGGACGAAUGUACUCAAGAAAAUAUUCUGGAUAGCACAAACGAAGAAGUAACAGUGACGACAGAACAAUUUUCAAAAGACCAAGAUGUUAAUGACAUGAGAAUACCUGAAAGCGAGGAAAUAAAGCUUAAUCCUCUUGAAUCGUGGUAUUCCAAAGACCGUCAAGAAACAAGUUCUUUGUCUACGCCGAACUAUAAUGCUUCAACAAAAAGAUCUUGUAUUUUUUGCAACAACGUUGAAGUGGAGUAUUGUGAUGAUCCGAAAAAUAAAUUAAUACCUUCAAUCGUAUGUGAACAAGAUGAAGAUCUAUGUUAUUCUCAACACACUCCAUUCGGUUUAGUCGAUCGUGGUUGUUUUAAUAUAAAUCGUAAUAUAACCACGUAUUUCUGUUCUUGUAAUCUCUGUAACUACAUUGCGAUUUCGGAAAUGCCGCACAUAUUUUCAAGAAAACAAGAUUGGAUAGAAAAUGUUAAAGAAAUGUCCAGAUUAAAACGAUUCAGGCGGUCCAUUUUCAAAGACAUGUCGUGUCUGCGAUGUGAAAUUAAUGGUACUACUAAGAGUGGUGAUAUUUUAUAUAGCACUAAUUGCUUGGAAGGUAACAUAGGGUCCUUACCACUUCAGUUAUGUGCGAAACAUGAGAUUUGCGCAGUAAAGGCCAUUCGCAGUGAAGGAUAUGUGUGGCGAGGGUGCGUGUCCAAACCACUUUAUAACUACUGGUGGACACUUUGCGAUACUGACCUUUGUAACUACGAGGCAUUAGUAUCAAUUUUUGAUCAGUUUUAA